UUCUCUUUUUGUCUACAGUUCCGUUCUCUAAUAUGCUAAUCUCGAAACGAAUACUCCAAAGUCAACAUCACCUGACUCAAGAUCGACAAUCAAUCAAUCAUGACGACGGAAAAGCUUGGCUGCGUGAUCGUGGCCGUCGACGGCAGCGAGGAGAGCAUGUACGCCUUGAGAUGGGCGCUCGACAACCUCAAGCUUCGAUCUUCUGCGCCCGACUCCACUGAAACCGCUGGCUACUUCCUGAUACUCCAUGUCCAAUCUCCACCGUCAAUUGCUGCUGGUCUCAAUCCCGGCGCUAUUCCGUUCGGUGGACCCACUGAUUUGGAGGUGCCUGCCUUUACGGCGGCGAUUGAGGCGCAUCAGAAGCGGAUCACCGAAGCUGUUUUAGAGCAUGCUUUGCAGAUUUGCAGCGAAAAAAACGCGAAUGUUAAAACGCAAGUGGUUGUUGGGGAUCCAAAGGAGAAGAUUUGCGAAGCUGUUGAGAAUUCAGGUGCUGAUUUGCUUGUGAUGGGGUGUCGUUCUUAUGGCCCUAUUAAAAGGAUGUUCUUGGGAAGUGUAAGCAACUAUUGCACCAACCAUGCACAAUGUCCAGUCGUUAUAGUCAAGGGCAAAGACACUUCAGUGUAAGAUUCAUAACCUAAAAGAGUAGUUAUGAAGUGCUUUGCCCAUCCUUGACAAAUGCGGUCUUCUAGUUGAAUAUGGAGAUAUUGGAGAUGCAGUUUAUGUUACUUGCGUCCAGCUCUGCCUAGCCAUCCCUCUUAUGUAUUUUGUGAGUGAAUCUGGGGGGAAAACUUAUGUGUGAAAAUUAUCCCUGUUUGUGCUGUUGCUCAUGUGUGUAUGUGUAUAUAUAAAUUUGUUGUAUUUGUUUGUGUAUUCAUUUAUUAAAUCUGGUGGGAUUUUUUUUUAUUGGAUUUUAGUUUUGAUGCUUUUUGACUUAUAGUUUGGUGAGAUAUAACAAAACAAACAUUUUAAGACUC